GAGGGGUUGAGAGGCAAGAAGCUCCGGGGUUUGUACCUUGGCUCAUUUCCACCCUUUUGUCCACUGGAAUAGAGAGGACCCCCACAAGUGUCACGGGACUCCUCUGAAGUUACACCAUGGUGUGUACAGUAGCAGUGAUCGGGGCGGGUCCCUCAGGUCUGACCAGCAUCAAGAGCUGUCUGGAUGAAGGUCUGGAGCCCACCUGUUUCGAGAGCAGUGAUGACAUCGGGGGGCUGUGGAGGUUCAAGGAGCAUCCAGACCCAGGAAGGGCCAACAUCUACGAGUCUGUCAUCAUCAACAGCUCCAAGGAGAUGAUGUCAUACAGCGAUUUCCCUCCUCCUGCUCACCUGCCCAACAACAUGCACCACUCCCAGCUGCUGAGCUACCUACGACUUUACGCUCAGACCUUUGACCUCUUCAAGCACAUCUACUUCCAGACCACUGUGGUGAGUGUGCGUCAGAGGCCAGACUUCCCAGUGUCAGGCCAGUGGGAGGUGGAGACAGAGAAGAGAGAAGGUCAGAGGGAGACUCAGGUCUUUGAUGCUGUGAUGGUCUGCACCGGUCACUUUACACAACCACACUUGCCUCUCAAUGACUUCCCAGGUAUAGAGGAGUUUGACGGCAGGUACUUUCACAGUUGGGAAUACCGCAGUGCUGAGGGGUUGCAGGGGAAGAGGGUGGUGGUGGUUGGGAUUGGGAAUUCUGGAGGUGACAUCGCUGUGGAUGCAAGCAGAGUAGCGGAGCAGGUGUACCUCAGCACGCGGAAAGGGGCGUGGGUGGUCAGCAGGGUGGGGGCGGGGGGACUGCCAGGUGACCUGUUGGGCACUUCAAGAUUGGACAGGCUGGUGCAGAAGCUCUUCCCCUCCUGGAUUACCAGGAUGAUGGAGAAGAAACUGAACAGAACCUUCGACCACAGACUGUACGGCCUACAGCCAAAACACAGGUUCUUUGCCCAGAUCCCGGUGGUGAAUGAUGAUCUACCUGGUCGAAUCAUCUCUGGUCGUGUUCUGGUCAAACCUAACAUCAGGGAGAUCAAAGGCUCCAGUGUGGUGUUUGAGGACGGGAGCGUCGUGGAAAAGGUGGAUGUUGUGGUGUUUGCCACCGGCUACAACUAUGACUUUCCUUUCCUGCCUUCGGGUAUGCUGGUUAAUGGUGGUCACCGCCUGUGUCUGUACCGUCAUGUGUUCCCCCCGGGGCUGGCUCGGCCCAGUCUGGCUGUAGUGGGCUUCAUCUGUAACCUGGGAGCCAUCAACCCUCUGGCUGAGAUGCAGGCCCGCUGGGCCACCCAGGUCUUUAAAGGGUUACUAACACUGCCCUCAGAAGAAGCCAUGCUUCAGGACGUAAAGAGAGACACCAGCACCUUGCAAAACAGGUUUGCCUGUUUGGAGCGUCACCCUCUCCAGGUGGACCAUAUCCCCUACAUGGACUCCAUGGCAGAGGAGUUGGGGGUUCGUCCUAAUCUCCUAGGGCUGCUGUUGAGGGAGCCUGAUGUGGGUCUGCGUGUGCUGCUGGGGCCCUGCACCCCGUACCAGUACCGUCUGAGAGGGCCAGGACAGUGGGACGGAGCCCGACAGGCCAUCCUCACCCAGUGGGAGCGUGUAGCCCAGCCCUUCAGGACCAGGAUGCCCCCACAACCAGAGAGCAGAACCAGAGCCUCCUCUAGUCUGAUACUGAUACUGACUCUGUCUGGCACUGUUCUCCUACUAUCAACCUUCUAUACCAGACACAGUCUCUCAUCACUCCCCACAGGCCUCCUCUAUAAGAUGUACAGUCUACCUGAGAUCAUAUGUGGGUGGAAAUUAACACUAUGGGCCUAUUGCAUCCACUGUUGGCCACCAUCAUCCCGCACAGCUGGUCUUAAUUGUUUCCAAAAUGUACUGUUCUCUAAAAGCCGAGCUACAUGUGACGUCAGUGUUAACUUAGCCUCGCUUUAUCCAAACAUUUUCCAAGACAUGUUCGCACUCUACAGGCUAUUUAUUAUCUUUGGUAGAAAUAAAACCUAGUAACCGAGCAGACUAAGGGGUGAUUAAACUAUUUCACAAUCAUUCAGUGCAACUAAAAUAAAGCAAUUUCUUGUUUAAGACAGAAAGUAUACUGUGGCAAUAUCAGGGUUUUCCAAACGCGGUCCUGGGGCCCCCCUGGGUGUAUGUUUUAAUUUUUGCCCCAGCACUACACAGCUGAUUCAAAUAAUCAAAGCUUGAUGAUGAGUUGGUUAUUUUGAUCAGCUGUGUAGCGCUAGGGAAAACCAAAAUGUGCACCCGGGGGGGCCCCAGGACCAAGUUUGGGAAACCCUGGCUUAUAUGAAUGAAAAAUGCUGGUGCACUCAUUACUUUUUCAUUUCCAAAUUAUGUAGUCCAUUAAUUACAACUUGUCUUAUUAACUAUGGUUAUUUCUGAUCAAGAGGGCAAAACAAAUUAUCCCUGAACUGUCCAUAUUGAAAUUGUGUAACUAAAUCAAGCCAAUCAUGACUGAUUUCAUGUAAUCUAUGUUUUUAUUAAAUUCAAGGUAUACAGUGCCUUCGGAAAGUU